UGCCUGUCUUCACACUGUCCCAACCUAGCAGUUGGCAAAGAAAGCGCCGGCUCCUGCUUUCAGCCCAGGCACCCAACCAGGCGGAGAGCCGGCUUCCGCGCGGGGGUCUUUCUUAUCGAGAACGCCCGCGAAGCGCGGGAAAAGCCGGCAACUUCAUGGAGGAACCGGGGCAAGUCGCCGAGAGAGAGGAGAGGGUGGAUUGGGGCUACGAAGAAGGUGUUGAGUGGGGGCUAAUCUUUCCUGAUGCAAAUGGGGAAUAUCAAUCUCCUAUUAAUUUGAAUUCAAGAGAGGCCAAAUAUGACCCAUUCUUAUUGGAAGUACACUUAUCACCAAAUUAUGUUGUAUGCCGUGAUUGUGAGAUCCUCAAUGACGGACACUCAAUUCAGAUCCUUUUAAAGACCAAAUCAAUGUUAGUGGGAGGCCCAUUACCUCGGGGCCAUGAAUUUGAACUUCACAAUGUUCGAUUUCACUGGGGCAGAGAAAAUCAGCGUGGCUCAGAACACACAGUUAAUUUUAAAGCAUUUCCCAUGGAGCUCCAUCUGAUCCACUGGAACACUACCAUGUAUCACAGUAUUGAUGAGGCAGUCGGAAAGAAGAAUGGUAUAGCCAUUAUUGCCUUAUUUGUGCAGAUAGGAAAAGAACAUUCAGGCCUAAAGGCUGUGACUGAGAUUCUGCAAGACAUUCAGUAUAAGGGAAACUCCAAGAUAAUACCUUGCUUCAAUCCUAACACAUUAUUACCAGAUCCACUACUAAGAGACUUUUGGGUGUAUGAAGGCUCUCUCACGGUCCCACCCUGCAGUGAAGGUGUUACGUGGAUCUUAUUUAGAUAUCCUUUAACUGUAUCCCAAGUUCAGAUAGAAGAGUUUCGCGGACUGAGGAAUCAUAUUAAAGGAGCAGAGCUCCUAGAAGGUUGCGAUGGAAAUUUAGGAGAUAAUUUCAGACCAACACAGCCACUUAAUGACAGAGUCAUAAGGGCUGCUUUCCAGUAGCAGAGACAAAUAAUUAAAAAAAGAAAAAGAAAUGAAGUCAAAAUAUAGACCCUUGAUUCUGAUCUAAGCCAGUUGAUCUUGUCUGAAGAUUUUGUGGUCCUUGGACUUGCCUAAAAGCUAUUAAAAAGAGUCACCCUAGAAUUCUUUUUGAAUAAUGGAUCACAUUGCUGGAUACUUUUCUGAAGAUACUGAACUGAAUUUUUCUAGCAAGGAAUAUGAUUCCCCUUUGAACUGACAUAUUGACUUAAUAUGACUUGCUUCAGUAGAGAUGGCUGAAGAUGUAAUGUGGAGCCAUUCAUCAAUUACACAGCGCAAAGAUAUAAUCUUGAAGACUGUUUCUUUUUAUCUAAAGGCUAACAAUAGUUUUGAGACUACAUUGUUGUUUAAGAGCUUACAUAAUUUUAGGUUUAUGUUGGAAUAAAGAUCUGUGAUAUUGCACAAGCUUUGGUGGAGCUUUUUUUUAAUAAUCUUCAUUCUCAUUUUACUAUUUGCUUGUUGGCAUCUAUAGUUUUCCAACUGCUUCAAGUCAAUUCCAAUACUCUCCAUUAAUUGAACGUAUAUUCACUUGG